UUUUGAAAGGGAAAUCCUUAUCAGUAUGUCGGAUUAACAAAGCGUUUCAGUGGGAACCUUCAAAUUUACAAUGUUGGGCACGGCGUCGUGAGUAAUUAAGUAAUGUCCUGCAAAAGCGAAAGGACAUCAUUGCCCAUUAACUAAUCGAGUGAUCGGUAAAUACCUUUCGUGUGAGUGCUGGCUGAAGGAAAAUGGCACAUGUUGGGGCAGUGGUUGCAGCGAUGGCCGGUGUGAUGGCCAUUCUGCUUCAUUCUUCCAUUCACAAGAUCGAGGAAGGACAUUUAGCUGUGUAUUACAGAGGAGGAGCUUUGUUGACGGCUCCUAAUGGCCCGGGUUACCAUAUAAUGCUGCCUUUUAUCACCUCAUAUAGAUCAGUGCAGACAACCCUGCAAACAGAUGAAAUAAAAAAUGUGCCUUGUGGAACCAGUGGGGGUGUCAUGAUCUAUUUUGACAGAAUUGAAGUGGUCAACAUGCUGGUUCCAUCAGCAGUGGUGGACAUAGUGAAGAACUACACUGCAGAUUAUGACAAGACUCUAAUUUUCAACAAAAUUCAUCACGAGUUAAACCAGUUCUGCAGUGUGCACACACUACAGGAAGUCUACAUAGAACUGUUCGAUAUAAUUGAUGAGAACUUAAAGACUGCGCUGCAGAAGGACUUGAAUGUUAUGGCUCCCGGUCUCACAAUUCAGGCUGUGCGAGUCACCAAACCUAAAAUUCCUGAGUCAAUCAGAAGAAACUAUGAGCUAAUGGAAGCAGAGAAGACCAGGCUGCUCAUCACCGUUCAGACACAGAAAGUGGUGGAGAAAGAGGCUGAAACUGAGAGAAAGAAGGCUAUCAUUGAGGCUCAGAAAGUGGCUCAGGUGGCGGAGAUUCACUUCCAACAAAAAGUGAUGGAGAAGGAAACUGAGAAAAAGAUCUCAGAAAUUGAAGAUGCUGCUUUCCUGGCAAGAGAGAAGGCAAGAGCAGAUGCAGAAUAUUACACUGCUGCGAAAUUUGCAGAAGCCAACAGGCUGAAGCUGACACCAGAGUAUCUGGAGCUGAUGAAAUACCAGGCCAUUGCCGCAAACAGCAAGAUCUACUUUGGUCAAGACAUCCCAAACAUGUUUGUAGAGAACAGUGCCUCCCAUCCGACCGCAGGCCGGGGUGAGGCAGACUCGGUGGAGCAGCUGGAGGCCUUGAAUAUGAAAGAGAGUCUUAAGAAAGCAUCCAAGCCCAAAGCCACAGAACGCCACUGAGGGGCCUUGAGAGCUGUCCACCCCCUCUUCCUCUGCUCUCUCUCUCUCUCUCUCUCUCUUUCUUUGUGGGGCAUGGGUGCUUGUGAGGCAUGCUGACAUGGAUACUUUUCUCUCUUCUGCAGUGAGGUUGGGUGCUUGGCUAACUGUGGCGUGAGUCAGUCAGCUGAGGAGACUGACACACAGAGCCUGUGGUUUUCUAGCAGUCAUUUGUGGAUUAAAAAUGUCCAGGAACUGUGCUACUGAGUAUUGCCAGGUUAAAUUGGUGCGAUCCAAACCUGAAUCCCCUCCCUGAAUAACAUCAGCAUGCAUUUUCCCCUUUUUUACUUUCAACUUGUGCUUAUCUUUUACAAAUCCAUGCUAAUUAUUUGUUAGAUGCAGAUGCAUCUAUGUGAAGUAUGUGAACAUACCUUUAUGUGUUGUCUUUUACAUAACUGGAAUUAUAAGGCAUCACACUAAUUGAGAUCAAAGGCAGUGGCCUAUGCAGCUGCAAUCUGAUAAACUCAUUUUGUAGCCAAAAUUUGUCAUCUACUUUUCCUUCAUAUGUUGUUGAAGGGAUACUUCAGAGUUUAAAUUCUGUCAUUAUUUAUUCGCCCUCAUGUCAUUCCAAAUCUAUAUGAUUAUCUUUCUUCUGUGGAAUAUUUAAAAAAAUAUAUUCUUUUGUUCAUACAAUAAGUCAAUGGGAUGCAAUGUUGUACCUUGCUUGGAUCCCAUUAACUUUUAAUAUACGGACAAAAACAAUAUAUCUUUAGAAUAUCUUGUUUUGUGUUCUACCGAGGAAAUAAAGUCAUGCAGGUUUGGAAUGUCAUGAGGGUAACUGAGUUACUGAUGACAGAAUUUUCAUUUUUUAGGUAAACCAUUCCUGUAGUCAUCAUCAUUUCCAUCAUGACUAACUUCAUUAUCACUAAAAUCUUAAUUUAGCCCGGCCACAACUGCAGAGAUCAGUGUCUUUUACAUGUGUAUGUAAGAAUCUGUUUUAAAAUAAUCCCUGCUUGUUUCUCACUGAUCUUUAUGAUUGAGAAUUUUUCAAUGAUAUUGACACCUGAAUACUUUGGUGUGAAUUUAAUUUCGUGUAAUGUCAGAAAUAGUGGGUUUGGUAUAGUCUUGUGUAGUGUGUUAGUUUGUUGGUGCCCUGUGCGCUGUUUUUGAGUUGUUGGUUCUUAGAAGGUGUAACACUUAACAUGGAAAUGUCGCUUUCAGAAAGUUUUGAAAGACGUUAAAGUUUUGAUCCGGGACUCCAGCCUUUGAAAAGCUAUGAGAUGGACAGCUAAUGAAUUCUAUAUGGUUCAGUCUUUUCCUUCAUAACUGAAAAUGCCUUUAAGCUUGCUUGUUUUGUCAUUACUGGAAGGAGUUUGUUUAGAAGGGAAUUCAGUUACAAUAAGGGCUGCUGUAUCAUUAGGCACUAUUAUUUUUUUAGCAUUGAUGGGUGAAUGCAUUAAUGAUCAGACGUUCUAACAAUAUAUUAUUGCAUGCUGGGAGCCAGAUGAUGUUUUCCUGAAGCUUCAGAAACUUCAUCAGAAUGUCGCCAGCAGGGGAAGCCAGUGAUCUUUAAGAAUCUAAAGACUGGGCAACAAAGACCUACAUGACUCAAAAAUGUAGUAAAAAGUGUCCAAGUCUGCCUAAGUUGCUUUCAUAUGCCAAUAAUAACAAUUAAUUGACAAUAAAUCAAAUCAUCCAAACAAGGCUUUGAAUAGUGUCUACUGGUACCAUCUCUCAGGAAAAGAGACCCGUGUGUUAACUUGAAUGGCCUAGAGUUUUUUCAUACCCUAUAUUUAACAGAUAUAAGAUGUAAGGUCAUGUCUGUGUAAAUCUGUCACACAGCACAUAGGUUUACAUCUACAUAUUUUCCAUCAAAGAGACAAGCGUUCAAUUACUAGUUAGUCUGAAUGUUCCCACUAUAACCAGUGGCUUCUCUCACCCCAAAAUUGACAUUAUUGUUUUCCUUCAGGGUGUACGUUUAAGUGUCUCAAAAUCAAUUCUCAAAUAUUUUUCUGUUCAUAAUAUCCCUGUGCUUCUAAUGGCUGAUUAAAUUGACUCGAAUAUAACCACUCUGUGAAUGUCACUUUUUUUUUUUCUAAUCCUAAUUUUAAAACAUUUAUAUGCAAAAUUUAUAAAAUUUUGACAAUGUUCAAUUCUGUGAAAUAAAACCUAUUUUGAUACCAUAAAAA